UUUUAACAUAUAUUAAUUUCUAUAAUUUAUUAAAAAUAAUAUACUUAUGGAUAACAAAGAAAAUGUACAUAAAGAUAUAUUUCAAACAUAUAUUCAGCAUAUAGAUCCAGAAGAAAUUUAUGUACGACAAGAAAAAAUUGGCUCAGGAAGCUUUGGUUCAGUGUAUAAAGGCUUUAAUAAGAAAACUCGUCGCCCAGUAGCGAUUAAAAUUAUAGACUUGGAAAAUACAGAAGAUGAAGUAGAAGAUAUUAUGUUAGAAAUAAAUAUUCUAAGUCAAUUAAAUUCUCAAUUCGUUACAAGAUAUUAUGGAUCUUAUUUAAAAAAUACGAAACUUUGGAUUAUAAUGGAAUAUUGCUCUGGAGGAUCUUGCUCAGAUUUAAUGAAACCAAGGCCAAUAGAAGAAGACUACAUAGCAAUCAUAAUUCGUGAAAUAUUACGAGGUCUAGAAUAUCUUCAUAGCGAAGGAAAACUUCAUAGAGAUAUAAAAGCGGCAAAUAUUCUUUUGAAUUCAUCAGGUGAUGUCAAACUGGCAGACUUUGGAGUAUCUGGACAACUUACUGCUACCAUGAGUAAAAAAAAUACAUUCGUGGGAACUCCCUUUUGGAUGGCACCAGAAGUAAUCAAGCAAUCAGGUUAUAGUUUUAAGGCAGAUAUUUGGUCUUUAGGAAUUACAGCCAUAGAAUUAGCUAAAGGAGAACCUCCAUAUGCAGAAUUGCAUCCAAUGAAAGUAUUAUUUUUAAUACCUAAAAAUGAUCCACCAUUACUAGAUGGACCAUUUUCACCUAUCUUCAAGGAUUUUGUGCGUUUAUGCUUGCAGAAAAACACAAAUAACCGUCCGAGUGCUAAGGAGCUUUUAAAGCAUCGUUUUAUACGAAUGGCUAAAAAAACAUCUUACUUAACAGAGCUUAUAGAAAGACAUGAGAGGUGGAAAACCCAGAGUAGACAUUUCAGAUAUGAUGAAGAUUCUGGAGCGGAAGAUGAAGAACUAAUAUCUAAUGCAUUUGAUACAUACUGGAAUUUUGAAACACUUAAAUCUGAAACAAAACUGGAAGACAAAAUACAACACAUACAAGAACCUCCAGACAAACUUCAUAAUAACAGGAAGGAAACGGAUAAACUUCAGAAUGGACAAGUAGAUUACCAUAUAUCUCAACAACUCUCUCCAAACAGCUUUAUUGCAACAGAAGAUUCAGACUAUUAUUCAAAUACAAUUCGAGAAAUAUACUCUCGAAAAGAAAAUAUACCACCAAGUGAACUUAUAAAAGAAUCAUUUUCAUUAACACAAAUUCCAUUAAAGUCUAAAGAAGAAACUCUAAGUAUUCCAAAAUCAAGUCCGUGUUCUAAAGAUUCUACUCAGAUAGAAUGUUCAGCUAAUGAUAAUUGUAAUUUCUAUGAUAAUUCUCAACAAUCCAAUAAUUUUAUUUCACAAAAUCAUACAAAUCUAAUAAACUUUUCACCUAAUUCGUCAAAAAAACAAACGCAAUGGAGAAUAGCUGUCACUCAUGCAUUUAAAAAAUUGGAAAAAAAACAUUCUAUAUCAUCUGAAACUCUUAUUUACGUUAAAAAACUUAAAAAAGCAUUCCAAGAAAUAGAAGAGAAUUGUCCAAAUUUAAUAAAUAUCUUAAUGAAUGAAAUUAUUGCAAAUGAAAAUGUAAAGGAAUAUUCAGAAAAUAUACAACAUUUACAAUUACUUUAACUUUAAGAAAAGUGCUGCUAUAAUUAUCUUUUAUCAUAAAAAAAUU